AGAAACGAAUGCUUUUGCAUUGAAAACGUCUCACCCCAGCAGAGGAAAAUCCCCCUUGCAAAUCACCGCAACGUUUAUUUGCUGUUUUUGCUUUUAUCAUUGUUAACUUUUGAAAACAAAAAAGAAAGAAAGAAGAAGAGACCCGUUGCCCUGGCAACAAAAUGGAAGCUUUUCGUCAAAAGCAAGUGCGGUGCCGCACGACACUUGCAUCGGGCGUGGCGAAGGAUCAAAAUGGACACACGCUUCGCUCUUUCCACGCACCAACUCGUGGCGGUGAACGCGAGAGUGAGGCGUUGGCGGACAAUGAUAGAUACGCCGGCCUUCUCAAGCUGCACGGCUCGACCGUUAUAAAUUAUAGUCCGCUUCAGUACAUUCAGAAGAUGACGUCUGAGACGUUGACCGACGUGGAGGCGGAGCGCGUGGUAUACCCUUUUUGCGCCUCUGCGGUCACUGCACCCUUUGAACAGGUGCUGCUGGCGUUGAUUGACAAGCUAAGAAGCACAGUAGGGGCGGUGUCGUGGAACCGGCCAGUGGCGCACGCAGAGUGGGAGACGGACCUGCGUUUUUGGGGCCAGUGGUGGCUGGUGCUCCGCUCGCGCGAGGAAACGGGUCGUACUCUGUCGUCAGCGGAUCAGCACCCUUCCGGACGGCGGAGUCGGGUGAGCUGGGUGCACGGCAUGCACAACGAGCCCCUCGUGCCCCUGUCCACCAAAGCUCUUCUCACGAGGCUCCACGACGAUAAGGAGGAGAACCGCUACGCGCCUCUGCUGCGCCGCGGUGCAGGGACGACGGAGGAGAACCAGCUGAUUGCCGAUCUCGCGAAGCGCCUGACGGGUCCAACAGACCACUUCGACAUUUUUCACCUUAGCGGUGUGCGCAUGGCGCCCGAUCGAAUGCACGUGCUCUUCUUCGACGGCUUCUUCAAGCUCGCCUCCAUUCCGUCGCGAAAAGCGGCCGCCGCCGCCGCGCAAUGCGAAAGAGAUGAGGCUCGCGAAGGGUCGUCGCUGACUUCGGCCGCUGCGGUGCACAGUAAAGGCAAUGCGGCGUCGGGGGAGGAAGCCGAAGAAACGCUCUCGACGCUAUCGUUUUCCUCCUGUCAGAUGGGUUCUGCAGGGGUUGUUGUGCUGCUGACGGGAAUCGCCGCUCUCGCGGGCCAGGGCAUGAGCAGCAUCAGCUCACUAGAUCUCUCCUACAAUGCGCUGCAGAGCUGUGUGCUCUACAGCUUCUCGCAGAUGUUGCGCUUUACCUUUGUGAAACGGCUAAGCCUGCGUGGCAACAACCUUGCCAGCGUCGACGUCAUCCCUUUCCGCGAGUUUUUGCUGGAAGGGUGUGAACGGCAAGUGGAAGAGCUGGACCUCAGCUACACGGAGUUGACCCCUACGCAGAUCGCCGUGUUGAUCGAAGCGCUUCCGCGUCUGAGUAGGAUGCGGGUUCUUCUGUUAGAGGAGGUGACCAUUCCUGGAAGCAAGUGGCCCUCACUUGUCCGCGCCGUGGAGCGUACGCAGCUGUGGCACCUGCGUCUCGUCUCGUCCAACGCUGUCUUUUCCACCGCCACCGCUCCUCCUCCCUUCUCUUCGAUCGCGUUUUAUGUAAAGUCUAUCGAGGAGGUCUGCGCUCGCAACGCGCAACGCGCGGCGGAGGCGAGUGGGGCUGCCGCGGCGGCUGCGGCGCGCAACGGCUUCUUCGGCCUAAACGGGGCGAGUUUUUUCGAGGCCUUCUUCCUUUUCUCGCAGUUGAAGGGCUGCAGGAUGGGUGAGGGCGAGUCGGCGUUGCCGGGUGACUACACCGCUUUCACUACCAAUGAUCCCAGUCUUGUCUAA